AUGGAGGAUGUGAUAGCUGCAUUGCAGCGUGGCAGCGCCGACAGGGUCCCCAGCCUUGCUGCCAGCCUGGCGCCCGUGCUGCGGUUACUGCAGGAGCAGGCGGACCGCAUCGGCCGCCUUGAAGAGAUCGUGGCAGCACAGCCUGACGCCGCCGAAGCGGCGCUGCGAGCACGGAUGGAGGAGCAAGAGGCCGAAGACGCGCGCGCGGAGCGGCUGCGGCGCCAGCUGUCGCAGGUGCAAGACUCAGUAGCGACUCUCGAGGCUCAGCACGCCGUUUUGGCAGCACACAGCAAGCAGCAGCAGGCGGCGGCGGCAGCGGCGGCGCAGCGGGUGGUGGCCCUCGAGGCGCAGUUGUUCAAUCGCAGCGGUGGCGCCGAUGGCAAUGACGCGGCGUGGAGGGUGCCACCAUUGGAGCAGGAGCAGGGGCCAGGCAGCGGCAUGCAGGGCGGCGGCGGCGGCGGCGGCGGCGGAGGCCUGGUCGAACGCGUCGGGCGGCUGGAGGAUCUGAUCCCGCAGUCUGAGAAGGAGGCCAAGCAGCGAGAGGAAGAGGUGCGCGCGUCGCUGGCGGGGAAGCUGCGGCGGCUGGAGGCGCGUGUUGCGGAGCAGCUGGACAGCAUCAGAGAAGACACCAAGCAGGCCAUCACGCUCACCGCGACGGCCAUGCGGCGCGACUCAGACGCUGCGCUGGGGUCGCGCGUCGCCGAAGCCGAGGCACGCGGUGCGCAGCGGGUUGAAGCGCUCUCCGCGGCUGUCGACGGCCGUAUCAUGCAGUCCGUCGCGCGCAGCGCCGCGGCGCAGUCCGACGAGCUCGAGCGGCGCGUGACGGCAGUCCACGAGUCCGGGGACGCGCGGCUGCGGGAGCUGGCCGGGCGGGUGGACGGCCUGGAGGUGUCAAAGGCAGAUGCGGCGUCCCUGACGGCGUGCGCGGCGCAGCUAUCUGAGGCGUUCGAGGAGGCAAGCGCCGCCCUCUCCGGCGCAAGCGCCGCGGCCGCGGACGCGCUGCAAUCAGAGGUAGGCGACCUGCGCCGCGAGGUCGCCAGGCUGUCCACCAGCAAGGCGGACGCGGACGCGCUCGCGUCGACGGCGCGGCGGCUGCAGCGGCGCACGGACGCGUGCGCGGAGCAGGCGGCGGCGGUGGCGCAGCGGGUCGAGGAGCUGGAGCAGCACGCCGCCGCGGUGCCGCAGGCGCUGGACGGCGUCCGGCUGGAGGUGGCUGAGCUGAGGGGCGGGGUGGAGGGGCUGCAGCUCACAGCCAAGGGCCUCCACUCGGCGUCGUGCGCGGCGGCCGGCGCGCUCGAGCGCCACGGGCGCGCCCUCGAGUCGCUCAACGCCCGCUGCGCCUCCGUAGCGCAGCGCGCGGAUACGCUGCGGCGCGACGUGUUCGGGGCCGGCGGGCCGCAGGGCGCAGGGCCGAUAACUGAGGGCGACGGGGACUGGGAAGGCGAGCCCGGCGCGGCGGCGGUGGCGGGGGCGCCGCUGGCGGCGCGGGUGGCGCGCGCAGAGGCCGCGUGGCGGCGGACGGCGGGGGAGCUGGGGGGCAAGGCCGAGGAGGCCGGCCUGCGGCGGGCGCUGCUGCGGAUAGACCAGCUGCAGGAGCAGGUGGCGUCUAACACCGAGGGAGUGGCGUCCCUGACCAACGCGACCUUCAAGCGCGUAGAUGAGCACGCCACCGCCAUACAGCGCCUCGCCGCGGCGAUCAGCAGCGCAGAGGAGCGGCCGACGUUGCGGGACGUGAAGCAGUGGGUGGCGGAGGGGCUGGCGCGGGCGGAAGCUUCCUGGCAGGCUGAGGCGCAGGACUUGAGGGGGCAGCAGCAGGAAGCGGCGGAGCAGCUGCAGGACACGUCAGCGUGUGCGCAGGCGGGGUCGGCGCGCUCAAACCAGGCAAUAGAGCUGCUGGAGGCGCUGAGGGCAUCGUCUGCCGAGGAGCGGCGCCGAGGCGACGAGGGGCUUCAGCGACUGCAGGGCAAGCUGGGCGCGCUCGCCGCCCAGGUGGCCCAGGGCGAGCGCUCACUGGGGCCGGCGGCGCGGCAGCAGGUCGCGGAGCUGGUGGCCGAGGCGAUGCAGGAGCGGCUGGCGGACCACCUGAAGCUGCACGUGACAGAUUUGGGGGCGCGGCUCGGCUCCGCCGAAGCCAAGCUGCGGGUGGUCAGCAGCCAGCAGGCGGCGGCAGGCAAGGAGGCGGCCGUCCAGGCCAGGCUGAUUGAGAAGCACUGCGGGCUGCUGUCGUCCCUCGAAAAGUCGCUGGUGGAGCUGGGAUCCACCUGCUCGGCAGCUACCAAGAAGCUGGGCGGCCGCUGGGAAGCCGCCAGGAAGCUGUCCGCCGAGCGGCAGGACGCGCUUGCAGCGGCGCUGGAACGGCAGGCGGCGGCAGUGGAGGCGCUGUCAGAGGGCCUCAGCUGCGCGGCUGCCAUUGCAGCAGGCGGGGGCGGCGCAGAGGCGGUGCGGGCGGCGGUGGCGGCGGCGGCGCGGCGGGCGGCGGGGGAGCGGGUGGAUGCGUUUGCGCGGGAGCGCUUGCGGGAGGACGAUGCGCGGUGGCAGCCAUAG